AUGGAUCAAGCCUGGCAUGGUCCGCGAAUCCUGCUUGGGGACAACGGCUUCUUCACCUCAUCAACCAACUUCCCGACUGCGAAGCAUCUGUCCUGUUCCAGCGCAGCGCGGCCUUGCCGAAGGAAGAAACAAGCGACGAAGAAGCGCGUGCUGUCGCAGAUCACCGACCAGCUCUUCGUUCUCGUGUCGUCGACAGAGGGAGGCGUUUCGAAGGAGGCGCAGGUCAACGCCGAGCAGCAGAAGCUGGAGAAGAAGGUGGGCAGUCAGUUGGGCAGGCUUCGGCAGGAGGCGGCGAAGGGCAACAAGGACGAUGCGGAACUCGCCACUCUCUUGAUGCGAUUCGACCGUGCCGACCAGGAAACUGCUAGCAACGUCAGUAUCUCAUCGCCGAAAUUCACCUCCCAAGUCUCGACAACUUCCGCCAAUCCUCCCGGCCGUUCACCCACAUCUCGAGGGAAAACACGCUCCCGCUAUCGUCGUCAAAGUCGCGCUCUGCAAAUGCUGUCUCCGCCCGCUAUCGAUUCUUUGCCGAAGUUUUCUUCGUCAACUCGCACCGCUACGGAACCUGCGCGCGGCACAACCUCCGAUCGACCCCGUCGACCGAAUAGGCAUCGCGCUAAGGAUGCUACGCUGUCGCCUCAGACGGCCGCGGUUUUCUCGGCGUGGAGCGGUACUUCUGAGAAAGUGCCUUACCACCUCUCGCUCGACCUCAAGCACCGGAGCAUGGAGGAGAAAAUGUGGCUGAAGUUCUUGCUGGAACGCCCGAAAAUGUGGUUUGGCUUGGGCGUGGACAAGCAGGCGCAGGCUCAGAUGGAGACGUUCGCCAGGUCAAUCGCUCCGUUCUGCCAGAUGAGGUGCAGCCUGCCGACGCUGGAGUACCUCUACAAUAACUUGUUGCCGAGUUGGGCGCGGCAAGAACUGGCCGGCAAGGAAUCGACUUUCGCCAUCUUGGAGGCGCUUCAAGAUGUCGAUGACGUAGAAGCGCUCAAGGCGUGGAUCGCGGCGAAGCAUGCUCGCCAAAAACAGCCACUCGACUCGCCCGCCGAGCAAAUCGCGCGGGACUUGGCGGGACUGUCCCAGCUUUAUCCGGUCACUGAGGCGAACUACCGCACGCAUCUUGCCGCCCUCGCACCCUUGCUCACUACUCUUGGCGGCCGUGGGUCCGGCUCUGCAAGUCUGAGCCAUGAUCCAGGCUUCGACGGGUCAACACAGGUUGAAUCGCUCUUCUCGACUAUCGGCGCCUUCGUCGAGACCGAAAACGUCGACGUCAAUGCGCCGGAAAACACGCUCUUCAACAUGAAGAGGUUCACGUACUCGGAGACCAUCCCGGACCCGACCACGACCGCCCUCGAAGGCGACGAGGCGCAGAUCUUUACGUCUCUCCGACCGUCGAAGGAGUCAGCUCAACGAGCGCACGUCGUGGCAAAUCGUCCAACGACAAACAACCUGCGCUUUCGUGUUAAGAUCUACCUCAUCCUCAUCUCCGGGAUGGUUGAUAUCGAGCGCUGGCACAUACAUCAUCCGUCGAACCUCUUCUACUUCAAGAGCGAUCUUCACGCCGACUGGGACAGCCAUGAGCUCCUGAUCACGCCCGAAAUUGACUGGCUGGACCUCGCCGUCAAGCGCGUCCGACAGUUGAACGAGGAGCGGAAGCGUCUCGCGGACAAGAAAGAGACGCUCUUCCCGCUACCCCUCUUCGGAAACCUUCCGCAACUCGAAGUCGAACUCGGCCGACCAUGCCGCUUCGCUCUCUACUGCCUCAAGCCCGACCCGAGGUACCCGACGUCGUUCAACAAGUUCCUUCCGCCCUUGCCCGGCUCCGACUUCGUUCGCAUGGUCCCUUAUAGCGCGCAGCAUUCCGACGGCCUCUUCCGCAAUUCUUCAGGCGAGAUUAUCGAACCCGAAGCUUUCACUCGUCCAUCCCAACCGUGGCACCAUCGCCCCAACCCCUACCUAUUCGCACUUAACGCCGCCGCAAAACUCCUCGUUCACAAGGGCAACACAUCAUCCGCCACGCUCAAGCCGGUCCUUCUCUGCCUCGAACUCGUCUCGCAACUCUUCCGCUUCGCGCCGACCGACGCUCCAGCCGAGCCCGCCUUACCGGCCGACAUGGCCCUCUCAGAUGAGCGCGCGCGGAUGUGGGCGCAAGACAUGCAGAAGGUCCGUACGCCCGCGAAGACGAAAGAUGCGGGACGCUCAAAGAGUUCGGGGAGUAGGGGGAGAAGCAAGGACCGAAGUGUUGCGGCUGUGGUGGAAGUCGAGCAGAAGCAGCCGUCAAGCGGCGCGGAGAGCCGGAGGCUGGUGUACGACGGCGUGUCUGACUGUUGUCGGGCGAUUGCGGUUCCCAACACGGUCGUCCCCGCUGAACUCGUCAACUCGAUCCCGUCCAAGACGGAGACCGUCUUCUGGGACUACGACCACAUCGACUCGCGACCUUAUACGGCCAAGACCGCACAGCAUUGA